GUUGCUUUGCCAGUUUCUGUCCCAGAGUCGGUAGGACUCCGGAGCUGCAGGAUCGUCACCUCCGCUGCAAGGGGAGAAGUGGAGGGAGGGGUCAAGGCUUGGACAGGAGGGGGACAGUUUUCAACCCGAAAUUCUACCGCCCCCCCAAAAAAAAAAAACGAAGCCACGAUGCUACACUGGAGGCUGUUGGGGGGAGAUGAGAAAGCUCAGCUUCAGGAACUCAACGCCCGCCUCUACGAGUAUGUGUCCCGGGUGCGGCAGCUGGAGCAGGAAAACCAGCAGCUCCUGGACGAGCUGCAUAACCGGAGAGGGGAGGAGGACUGGUGGGAAACAUGGCAGGGUCGCUACCAGGCGGAGGUGAGCAGCUUGAGGCGACAGCUGGAGGAGCUUAGCUGGGACAAGUCCCUGGCCGAGGGGGAACGGGACAGCCUGUGGCGCGAGCUGCAGGAGCUGCGCAGGCUGAGCGGGGAAGUGCGUGCGGUCCGGGGCCAGCUGGACGCCGAGCUGGGCGCGCAGCGGCAGCAACUGAAGGAAGCCCUGGGCGCUCGGGCCGCCCUGGAAGCGCUGCUGGGCCGCCUGCAGGAUGAGCACCAGCGCCUGCUGGAGGGGCACGCGCGGGACGUGCGGGAGCUGCGGGCGCAGGUGUCCACCUUCUCGAUGCGAUUCCGCGCGCGCCAGCCGCCCCGGGAACCCCAGCUCAAUCUGCAGGAGGUGCACGACAGCUACGCCCUCCUGAUGUCCGAGUCCUGGCAGGAAACUUUCCAGUUGUACCAGGACAAGGUGCGCGAGUUGGAGGAGAAGGUGAGGCUGGGGCAGGAGAGUCGGAAAGAGGCGGAGGAGGAGAAGCGGCUUUGCCAGCUAGAAGUGGAGUCCCUGCACCGAGAAGCCCAAGAAUUGGACCAGCUGCGCCAGAGGCUGGAGGAAGAGCUCCUAAGGAUGAAGGAAAAAUACGACCUGGACAUGGAAGAGAACCAGAGAGUAAUUGACUUCCUGGAAGAUGAAAAGCAGAAUUUGACCAUGACCCUCACAGAUCGACUUAAAGACUACCAGGAACUAUUACAAGUGAAAACAGGCCUAAAUCUUGAAGUUGCAACUUACCGAGCCUUAUUGGAAGGAGAAAGUAAUCCAGAAAUAUUAAUGUGGACUGAGCAUGUACAGAAUGUUCCACAAGACAUCAGGAAUACAUCAUAUCAGUAUAGCAAUUCAGUAUUACAGAGAGAAAACAAACGAAAUAUAUUCUCCAGGGAGAAAAUAACUUCAUCAGAUAAAAACAUCUCAACACCAUAUACAAAUCGAUUAUCAUUCUUUGGACCACAAGCUACAAUAGUAACCGGAAGUGCUCCAAGAAAAGAUUUCCUGCAUCCAGGCUAUUCUUCCUCUUCCAGUCUUAGACAAGAAACCUCAUAUGAAAGAACUUCAAAAGAUCAUAGUAAGGUCAGAAUGGUUCCUACAACACAUGGCCUUUUGAGAAGCAUAGAACCUCAGGUGACUCCUGAGAGACAAAAAACAGAAAGUAGAAGUAGUAUCACCACAUAUUUAACUAAAGAAUCAACAAGUGCUCAAAGACCUAGCCAACAACAUAAAGAUGUAAGGCUGAAUACAUCUAUAAGCACUCGAUCACAUGAAAUGAGUGUUCUUGAGGGAAAGAAAACAGAAGAGAGAGUGUCUAUGGAGGAAAGAAAACAGAAACUAGAACCCACUAAACCAAGACAAGAGGAGAAAAUGUUUGACUCGAAAGAAAAGGCUUCUGAAGAAAGAAAUUUAAGAUGGGAAGAAAUGACUAAAUUAGAUAAGGAAGCAAGAGAAAGGGAAGGCAUGCAGUUGAAGGGAAAGGCUAAAGGAGGUGAAUCAAGCAUGGCAACAACUAGAAUAUUUGGAGAAAAAAAAGAAAUACAGAUACCUGUUAGCUUUGAGGGGCAAGGCCAUAGGAAAAUACUAGAAGAUGACAAAGUAGAAUUAUCAGUAAAAGAUGUACAAACAUUUCAAAAAAAGGAUGCUAGUGAUAGUAAAACAGAUGAGAGAAAGUUGAAGUUUAAGAUAGAUACCGGUGAUGCUGUUGACUCCACAAGAAAAACUGUAGCAGAAAACAUUGUUUCCAGUAUUCUUCAGCAAUUUGUGCAACCUUCUGACUUGGAGACAUCUGCUGGUGCUUCUCUGGAUACAAAAGUCACUUACAUGGAGAGGAAAGAACUUCCUGGUGAUGCAGGGGCAAAGACUGAAAUUAUUGUGGAGUCUAAAUUGCUUGAAGAGAUAGAUGUUUCAGAUGAAGACAGCUUGAAGCAGUUCUUAAGCAAGGGUGCUAAGGAAGUAGAGAUUAAAGGAAAAUCAGCAGAAAGCAUGAUAGGAGAUAUAAUAAAUCUUGGCCUAAAAGGAAGAGAAGGAAAAGCAAAAGUAGUUAAUGUUGAGAUUGUUGAAGAACCACUAGGAUAUGUAACUGAUGAAAAAGUUGAGUUUUCAACGCCAUUUGAGGUAGAGGAAGUUGAUGAUGUUUCUCUAGGUUUUGAGAGGCAUUACAGUGAUGAGGAAGGUGAUGAAGAAACAAGUAUUGCUUUCUCAGGUAAUCAACUUAAAAAGACAAAGCAACCUCAUCAGAUCAUAACUCACUUUGAGGAAGUAACUGAAGCAGGUGAUACUGAAGGAGAACAGAGAUAUUUUGUUUCUACUCCAGAUGAAUAUUCAGGGGGUUAUGACAAAGAUGAGGACUCUGUGUAUGGGCAAAUUCAUGUUGAAGAAGAAUCAACCAUCAAAUAUUCUUGGCAAGAUGAAGUUUCACAGAGCACAGAAAAAAGGAGAAAGAGAAACAAUUUUCCUGGAGAUGAAUCCUCAAGUACAUCAGAAAUCUUUUCUCCAGAGGAGGAUAUGGAUUCUAGCCACCAGAAAGAACACCUAAAAGGUGAUGAAUUGCAUGCUGAAACCAUUGUCAUUGAAAAAGAAAUUAAAAUACCCCAUGAAUUCCAGACCUCAAUUAAGGAACUCUCCUCCAAAGAUCCCAAACAUCAACUUGUAGAGACAAUUGGUCAGCUGGAAGGGAGUCUCCCUGAAAGUGUGAGAGAGGAGCUGUCUAUCCUAACUAAGGAGAAUCAGGGGGAUGCUGGCAAUAUUUCAGUUAAAAAGUUUGAGAAAACCACUGAUGGUGGAUCAGUCACAAUCAUUGCUGAAGUCAACCUCUCACAAACCCUUGAUGCAAAUCAGCUUGAUGUGGAACUAAGUAAAGAUGACUCUAGCAAAGUAGAGAAAAUAUUACAGUCGGCAGUUCUAGAUAGUUUUGAAAAAGACCAACCCCAGGAACCUGAAAGUCCAGAUAAUAAAAAGGGUGUAAAAGUUUCUGGUUCCAGUAUUAAAUCCAAGCGUUGGGCCAGUAAAGAAAUGUACACUUCAUCUAGUGAGCAAGAUGGUGGCAGAGGAGAACAUUAUGCUGCUGAACACGUUUUUUGCCAAGGUCCAGUUUCUGCAACUGUGGAAAUUAGCAGCCCCAGAGAUUUUGCUCAAUCACAUGUCUUAGAAGACAUAAAUCAGUCUGUGAGACAUAUUAAAAUAGGCCCCACUGAAAUUUGGAGGACAGAACAAAUCUUUUAUGAAGGACCCACUUCAGAAGAGGUAGAGAUGGAUGUGACUAACAGAGAAGAGACCCUCAGCAUGGCUAAAGGAACCCGAGAAACUACUAUAUUUUUUCCCACAAAGAAGGAAGCAAAAGUUCACAUUGUGUCUGAUGAUGGUGACUGGAAAGAUAAUGAAAGCAAAAAGGAGAGAGAAGCAAGUAUAAGUUUUCAGGUCUCUGCUGAUCAAGAUAACCAGGCUCAUGGUGAACAAAUCACAGAGAAAACUACGUUUGAUAAAACAGUGAUGUUGCAAAGAAUGGUAGACCAAAGGUCAGUGGUUUCUGAUGAAAAGAAAAUUGCUCUUCUCUAUCUAGACAAGAAGGAAGAGGAGGAGGAGGAGAAUGAUGGACAUUGGUUUUGAAAAUUCAAACAGAUUGAGUUUUAAUAGCAUCUUACACAAUAUCUUAACCAACACACUGAUAAUUUUUCAAAGGGAUUUACCAGUUGGGAUAACUGAUCCUAAAGCCUUUUUAUUGCAUACAUUAAUUCAAAAAGAAAGCUUGAAACAUUUUAAAUUUACUUCAUGGGCCUCUUCUUGGAGGAGUCAUGAAUAUGUAGCAUAAUUUGAAAUUUUGAGAAUUUUGAAAAAUUACUAUUUAUUUCUCUACUCUUUUAGAGUUUUUUAAAUAUUACCCGAGAUACUUUUAUCAGUUUUGUCCUUGACCAGGGAAAUGUCAGACUUUAUUUAAAUGAAAAGUUCUUUUCUGUAAGAUGCUUAAGAGUAACUUUAUUAAAAUAACAUUUAAGGGUUAAUCAAUCAGCAUGUGCUAAUAGCAUAUAAGCUAGCAUUUGAGAGAAGAAUAGACAACUAGCUUGAAUCUCUUUGCAAGAGACAACAUUGCACUUUUAGAUUUAGAGCAGACAGUUUUACAAAAUAAAAAAAAUAUAUAACUAUAAAUUGCUGUUGAGUUCAGUGUUUUCAGGAAAAGUUAAUUUGCCAUAAAAGGAUUUUUUUCUUUGAAUCAACAGAUUUCAAUUUUUCUUACUUCAAAAAUGUCAUGUUUAUUUAUAGAAAGACCAACUAAAUAUCCUAUUACAAUAUUUUAAUCAGUAAGCCUAAUCUGUAUUGUGAAGCAUUAAGGAAUUAAAAGAAUAAAAAUGUGUAUAGAUUACAGAAGUCAUUUUCAAGUUAUAGAAUAAGGGGUGUUCAGGGAGCAUAAAGAGAGUCAAGAUGUUCAUUUUGUAGUUUUGUGCUGCCAGUUCCAUGAUAAUCCUAGCAUAGAAAAAGCUCAGUUCAAGUCAUAUUAUACUUAAACUUCUCUUUACUUUUCUGAAGUUUAUAGCUCAUUAUAUUCAACACCAAAAAAAUAUUUAUUAAGUAUUUACUUUGCGCAAGGUCAGGGAAAACAGAUGAAUAAAAUAUGUUCCCUGUACUCAAAGAGUUUAUAAUCUAGUCAGUUAAUUCAGUUUAUCAAACACACACUAGGAAUAUAAGAAGUACAAAGAUAAUGCUGAUGUAUUUGGGGAGUAUAAAUGCCUAUAACACAAGGAGGUAGAAAAAAAAGUGUUAAAAAGUAGUAUGGUACCACAGAAAGUGCACUAGAUUUGCAGGUGGAAGGUCAGAUUUCAGUUCUCUAUUCUACUAAGUAGUUAUUAAGUGAUCUUCAAGAAGAGAUGUAACUCCUGUAAAUUUCAGUUUUAUCAUCUAUCAAAUGUACCACCUAAAAGGACUUUUGUGAGGAAAAGACCUUGAAAUAGAAUGUGCUAAGUAAACGUAAGUUAUUACUAUUAUUUUUGUAGAAGCAAGUUUGAAAUAUAGUCAAAUGAUAUCAAUAACAUUAACCUAAGAUAUGGAUUUAGAAUGUGACAUUUCAUAUAAUAUGAUAUAAUACCAAUGUGGGUACUAACAUGGAAACGAAACAUUAAAUGAAAGAUCUACAGUAUAUUUAUGAAAAGCAAAAUAUUAUGCCUUAAAGAAAUGACAAUUAAAUGACAAACCUUUUUUAGCACCAUUAUUCAGGUUUUUUCCUUUUCAACAAAGAUACAUCCUUGGUGGAAAUUUUGUACUUUGAAAAUAAAUAGUAAUUAUGAAAUUUUUCAGGAAAGUGAAUAACUUAUGUCUGUCAGAAAAACAUGAGGGAGGAGAUUUAGUGGGGAAGGAGUUGGCAUCAGCUCUUGGAUCACAAUGCAGUAUAAAUUCAGUGAUGAUACAGUAGGAUUGAAAAUGUUCCAUGCUACAUAUUUAAGAGGUGUAUAUGUGUACAGAUAAUAUACAGUGGGGAUAAAUAUGUUAAUUGCUAAGCUUCAACUGGAUCAACUUUUGUCAUAUGCGCUAAUGAUUUGAUUUUAAAGCUAUCUUUAAAAGUAGAAAUGUAUCUCAUAAUUUCUUCAGCAGCACACAUUGUAACGUAUCAGAAAAAAAUAAUAUUUUAAGCAAGGAGAUGGAUUAUUUUUUUCUUCAUAUUUCCUGUGCCUUUUGCAAUGGAACCAUGUAACUGUGGGAUAGGAGUAGGAUAUUACGAAUAAAGUAGAUAACUUCAACUUCAGUGCCAAACUAUCUUGAUUUUUGGUUGGUAAUGUAUUUCAAAUUAGAUUUACCAACCUCAAAUAUUUUAAUCUAAAACAUGUGUAUAAUUGUAGAAAUCACACUUUUAAUCACUCCUUAAGAUAUCCUUUCAGAACCAUUUUUUUGGGCAGUUGAAACAGAAAUGAUUUAUGAAAUUAUCCUAAUCUGCAUAUUAUGGGGAGUUACACAGUAAAUGGAGUCUAGGCCCUUUCUGUGUAAACAGAAAUUGAGAAAAUGUAAUUCAUUUGAAUUGUAAUAUUUUAUUGAAUUUUUUUUCCUUUGGCAUAGAAUCAUAGGAUUUAGGGCUAACAAAAAUCUUAGAGACCAGCAAGUUCAAAUUCUUUAUUUGAUAGAUGAUAAAAAUGAGGCUCAGGAAAGUCAGAUGACUUGUCAGAUGUACCAGGUGAUAAAAUAGUAGCAGAGCUGUAAUUAGAAGCGGAAGCUGGAGCUCCUAACUUCAAACCUAAUGCACUUUCCAUUUUGCCACAUUCUCUCCUGUGGCCAAGAAUUCCAAGACAACAGAGCUCACUAUUCUAGAAUCAAUCCUCUGUUUCAAGGUAUUAUUUCAAAAGUGCAUCAGAAUUUUAAUUGCAAUUUAUACUAUUUAUGUAAUCAAAAUGUUGGUCAGGAUUCUUCAUAAAAUAUCCAUCAUGACAUUCUGUUUUAUUGCUAGAAGAAAUCAUUUUUGCCUUAGAGUUUUUUUAACUUACACAGCUCUUUUUAGCUGACCAUCUUCAAAGUAUAUUUAUUUUUAAAAUGACGUGGACACAUUUAUUCUGUUUUCCAAAGCAAACUUUAAAAAACCUAUUAUUCUUGAAGUUGAAAUGCACUUUUCAAAGAAGUGAGAAUAUUCUUAGACAGUGGUAGGGUUAGUAAUUUAUAGCUAAAACAUGAAAUGUUACUGUUAUUUUGCCUUAUUACCUAGGACACCUCAUGCCUAUUUUAACUGCAUGACUAUAUAGCACAACAGCUUGAUCUAGCCAACACAAACAACACAGACUUUGACAUUUUAUUUAAAAGAACAGUCAAUUUCAUUACACACACACACACACACACACACACGCAAAUGAGGCAAGCCUACAAUUUUAUAAUGUUCAGACAAAACAUGAUACUGACUUAUUGAACUUUUCACUUUUUAACAAAUUUACUGAUACUAUGUAGACAUAACCUAUGAUUAUUUGAAGUGUAAUAUUUAAAGAAAAAUAAAACCUCUGAAGAGCAUAUUUAGAAACUGUUUUGAAGAUUAGCUUUUGAAAAGUAGCAGUUAUUAUGAGUCCUAUGUCUCUCUUCCAAUAUCAGAAGACCCUGGAUUGGGGUACAGAAAAACACACCAGAAGUGAUGAGUUAUAUAAAUAAAAGUUCAGUAUCUAACAGUAAAAGAACUCAUUAGAUCCCAAAUUAGAAUGAGAGAUCAUUCAUAUUGAUAUCAAAGAGAAUGCUUUUCAAAGUUUUGUGUUCUUAUUGCUACUUAAACUAUAAUUAAAGUAAUUUACUAAGCACAUGUGGUCAUGUAAACGUUCUUAUUGCAGCAAAUAUUCACAGUUUGGGUGAAAGGUACGUAGAGGGAUUUCCAGUGUCUUAAAUCUAUUCAAAAUUGAUAGUAUAUACACAAUAAACACAAAAUUAUAGGAUUUUUAGUCAGAACUUGUUCCUCAGAACUUCAGAAUCUGCCAAAUGGGGUGAAUUUCAGAAAGUCACUAACAUGAAGAAAUUUCAAAAUGAAGUGUAAUAUAGUUUUUAAGCCUUUCAGAAGAGAGUGCAGAUGGUACGCUUGUUUCACCUAGAAUCACUGUUAAAAAAAAAAAAAAAAA